AUGCCGCUUCGGCGUUCGAAAGGCUUUGUGCGGCAUCGGACAUUGCUCCAUGGUGACUUUAAGACCGCGAACUUUUUCCUUCGCCGCGUGGGCGAGGGGGAGGGAUCCUUCUGCGAAGCGGCAGUGGUCGAUUUCGAGUUUUCGGGCCCUGGCUUGGUGGCUGUCGAUCUUGCGAAUUUCCUGUUCCCGGACCUGAAGAUGGACCUUCUGUCCAUGGAGUCCGACCUUCUUUCUUUCUACCAUGCCCAGCUGAUGAUUGCUUUCGAAGAAUUCGGCACCGGCGGCGAUUUUCCCCUCACUCUGCUGCUGGGCCACUAUGCCCUUGCCCGCUGCGACUACAUGCGCUACAUGUUGGGACGUGGAUGGACGGCUUGCAGUGCUGGGGACGCACGUGUGCUCUCUGCUGUG